UCGUUUAAACACGCGAGAUUUCCACCGACGCGUGCGCGGGAAAAUCGUCCAGGUAAACGCUACACCUCCUAACAAAAGACGCAAUGAUGGGAUCCAGUGCGGAACAUCUGUUUUCUGAAAUUGACAAGUUUCGCGCUCAGCUGUUAAGCAGCGUCAAGGUCAUGACAGAAAGCCAAUGUGCUGAGAAAGACAUCAGUCACGGUGAAAUUCUGAGCCGUAUGGAAAGUGUAAUCCUGGCCAUGGUGACCUCUCUAUCCAGAGAUGAAGCUCCCGUCCUGAUGCUGCCCAACAGAUCCGGCUGGGCCAACGUCAGUUUUGACUGUGACAUCGGCCUUCAGAUGAGUUCAGGACAUUCUGUCACCACCGUCAGGAGCGACUGUCCUACAUCUGCCACUAAAUUCGGACAAAUACUCAAGAUUCUGUCAGUCAUGUACAGACUGGUGCAGAGCAACUCCUACUCAACAAAAAGAGACAUUUUUUACAAUGACACACAGCUGUUUGGCUCGCAGAGAACUGUGGACAUCAUUGUGGACGACAUCUCGUGCAUGUUGAAGAUCCCUCGCAGAUCCCUCCACGUGCUGGCCACAUCCAAAGGCCUGAUCUCAGGUGAUCUUUGUUACUUGGAGGAAGACGGCACGAGGAUCGACUGUCGCUCCAGCUCUGCCGCUGUUUCAGUUUCAUCAAACAUCGAAGGGAUCAGAAAUAUUGUAUCGUCCGCUAAAUUUGUCCUGAUAGUCGAGAAGGAUGCAACGUUCCAGAAACUGCUGGAUGAUGACUUCUGCACCAAGCUCUCCCCUUGCAUCAUGAUCACAGGUAAAGGGGUGCCAGAUGUGAACAGCAGGUUGAUGGUGAGGAAACUCUGGGACGUGCUGCACAUCCCCAUCUUCGCCUUGGUGGACGCUGAUCCUCAUGGCAUUGAGAUCAUGUGCAUCUACAAGUAUGGAUCAGUGGCGAUGUCAUUUGAGGCCCACAGUCUGACUGUCCCCAGCGUUAUGUGGCUAGGCCUCCUCCCCUCUGACCUGCAGAGGUUGAGGGUUCCCAGAGACUCCCUGAUUCCUCUCAACAAGACAGAUGAGAGCAAACUCAGCAGCCUCCUAAACCGGCCAUACUUAGCCGAACAGCCAGACUGGAAGAAAGAGAUGGAGCUGAUGCAGCAGAGUAAGGUUAAGGCUGAAAUCCAGUCCCUGGCAGCCAUAGCGCCUGACUUCCUCACCACCAUCUACCUGCCCAAUAAGCUGCGCUACGGAGGCUGGAUAUGAGCUCCACGCUGCCUCUCAGUGGGACAAGGAGUGAACUGCUGAAGGUGGUUUCAAAACGGUUAAAGGAAAAAAAUGGUCUGUAAGACGUUACAUCAUUGGAUAGACAGGGCAAUGAAGGUCAGAGCUGAAACACGAAUGUAGAAUACGUAUAAAUAUGUCUACCAUUGUGUAUGUACUGCUUGUAACUGUCCCGUAAAAAUCUGUUUAAAUUAAAACCCUUGUGAUGCAACAGGGAAGUCAAGGCAGCUGUUUAUCUUCACAUCAUCUUUGGCUUUGCUUUCGGGUCAGAAAACACACAACCAAUGCUGAGUAAUUCAGGAGUCACACUGGUACACACUGAUGUUUAAUUGUUGUACAUGUUGAGUAUUCAAUUGGAGGACGAAUACUGUCAUGAGCUCUGCUAGAUCUUUCAUUCCUGGUUUUUAUUGUUAAAACAUACCAGGGUUAAAGCAUGUAAAGUUCCUUUUUUUUGUCUUGUGUAUCACUAUGAUGAUGUUUGAAAAUCGAUUGUUUUGG